AUGACGAACUCUUUAAUGCUCUCAGUAUUCCUGGCUUUCUCUUCCAUUGCUGGCUCUGCAUUCGCCCAAUAUGAAGCCCUAGAUAUCAUCGAUCUCUGCGAACAAACGCCCGAACUUACUGGCAUUGGGGAAUACUUCAGAAAUUAUCCGGAAAUAUACAAUAGUGUCUACGCCCCUGUGCGUGGUAUGAGCAUCUUCCUCCCAUCAAACGAUGCUUUAGCAGAUUACGCCAACUCUACAACAAACACCCUUCAAGAGCGCGGAAAUCCCUUUGUAGACCAGAAUCUCUAUGUUGCAGAUAAUUUCAAUCCAUCGCCUUACAUAAAUACAAGGACAUCAACACGUCAGAACAAGAGAGCUGACACUGAGAGUGGCGGAGGCGAGCCGAUAACACUUCGAACGGCAGCGAAGGGUCACAACCUGAGAAACCUCUUCAUCGGUCUGGUCUUUGGUGACUCCUCGGGAGACUCAAAGCGGUUGAAAGAGCGUUCAUUUGAGAAUCCUCCGGAACCAAAACUUCCUGGAAUUACAAUUUCUACUGGACUUGGGAAGAAAUCGAACAUUAAGUGGGGAAGUCUGAAGAGUAAACAGGGGAUAAUCUAUAUCCUUGAUCGAGUUUUUGAAUUUCCCGAAACGGCCUCGAGUUCACUAAGACAGAUUGAGGCCGCCGAAUUUCUUGGUGGAGUAGAAGCCAAUGGACUGAAGGAAAAGUAUGAUACCGCAGACCAAGUCACCAUUUUCGCACCGAUCGACGGGUCAUAUAAUAGCUCCUGCAACUGUUCUAUAACCGCAGCAUCUGUUGAGGCCCAUGUCGUGUAUGGCGCUGCUCUGUACAACUCUGUGCUCAAGGAUGGAACAGAAUUCCAGACAUGCCAGGGCAAAAAGUUGAAGAUCACUGUCCAAGGUGGGGAGAAGUAUGUCAAUGGCGUGAGGAUUGUUCUGAGUGAUGCGAUCACUCUGAACGGUGUUAUCCAUACGAUUGAGAGGCCCUUGGUUGACUCGGACUAUAAUGAAUACGAGGGAACGACAACGACUGAAGCAACGCCUGUGGCCACCGUGUACCAACCAUCAACCGGUACCACUGGCGUCCCUGCCGCCAGUACCACUACACCAUUGGCAGGCACAAAUGCCACCACUACCCCCUUGCAAUUCAUGGGAUCAGCUUCAAUGCUGGGGAUGGUUGACAUGAGGGUCACUUUGGGUACAGUUGUGUUUGCAUUGGCGGUGUUUAUGUUUUAA